AUGGAUGGUAUGGGACUCACAGCCGCCGAGCAGCGCACGCUCGAGCAACGCCUCCAGAAGCGUCAGAUGAAGGACUUUAUGAACAUCUUUGGUAACCUCGUAGACCACUGCUUUGUAUCGUGCGUCGACGACUUCACCUCCAAAUCCCUGUCGAACCGCGAGACGGGCUGCAUCACGCGGUGCGUCCAGAAGCAGAUGGCCCAGUCCCAGCGCCUGAGCGAGCGCUUUGCCGAGCACAAUGCUCAGCUUGCCCAGCAGGGUGGCCGGUAA